AUGUUCCCUCAUAUCUGGCCAGUCAAAGCGCCCGGUGAUACAAAAUACAACAAAGUCCAUUCUCCGCUACAAGCCAUACUACUGUCCCAAUUACCAAAGACGCAAGAAGAGGCUAAGGUGAAAGGUCCGCGUCCUCCGCGAAAUGAGAAGCACUUCGUAUCGAAACGUACACCAAUUACUGCAUUUAUUGCCCCAAAGCUUGAAUUGCGUGAGAACGAUUACGUCCUGCACCCCGUUUAUUUCAAGACAGAGCCCGAACAGGAGGCUGAACACAGGAUAAGAGAGCGUGCAGGCACAACGGCGGAACAUGGCUGGGUAGAUACACGCGUCGAAUCACUGGCUGAUGGAGAGCCUCCCGAGUCUGAAGUGCAAAAAGGAAGCAUAACAGCUGGCCGAGAAGUUCUAGCUCUAGAUUGCGAAAUGUGUAUCACGGAAGGUGGAAAGUCCGAGCUCACACGAAUCAGUUUGGUGAACUGGGAUGGCGAGGUGGUCUUGGAUAAACUCGUCAAGCCGGAUUUACCGAUUAUCAACUAUCUAACACAAUUUUCGGGCAUUACGAAAGAGAUGCUCGAUCCCGUCACGACUACACUUGCAGAUAUUCAAAGAGAACUUUUGGAAUUACUCACGCCACGCACUGUCCUAGUCGGACACUCACUAAACUCAGACCUUGCAGCCCUGAAGCUCACACACCCCUUCAUAAUCGAUACAGCCAUCAUAUACCCUCACCCCCGUGGCCCCCCAUUAAAAAGUUCUUUAAAAUGGCUCUGUCAAAAAUACCUUGGCAAAGAAAUCCAAAAGGGUCAAACCGGCCAUGACUCCAUCGAAGACGCCCGCGCAGUUUUGGAACUAGUAAAACAAAAAUGUGAAAAGGGUGAACGAUGGGGCACUUCUGAUGCCAACACAGAAAGUAUAUUCCGGCGCCUCGGGCGAGCCGUCAAGACGGGCAAACCGCAAGGAAGGACAGGAGCAAUAAUUGAUUGGGGUAGUCCCGAGAGAGGCUUUGGUGCGCAGGCUACUGUUGCUAUUGGUUGUGAUAACGAUGACCAAGUGGUUGAAGGAGUGAAGCUAGCAGUUCGUGGAGGCGAGGAGGCGAAGAUGAGUAUCCCCGCUGAUGGGGUGGAUUUUGCAUGGGCAAGGCUCAGGGAGUUGGAGGUUGCUAGGGGGUGGUGUAAUCGGCGACCUGAUCCGAAUAAUGCUAAUGUUUCGACUGCUAUUGUUCCUCCUGGGGAAGAGAUUGUACCUAUCGAUACAACCACAACUACGCCAUCAACAACGACAUCCCUAGCAGCAACAGUCGCAACAACAGUCCGCAACAUAAAGCGCAUCUACGACUCUCUACCAUCGUGUACAUUGUUCAUUGUGUACUCCGGCACCGGUGAUCCACGCGAAGUUACCCGCUUACACGCCAUGCACAAAACGUAUCGAGACGAAUACAACAACGCCAAAAAGAAGUGGGAUGAAUUGAGUAUUCAAUGGACCGACAGAGAAGAGCAGAUGUUGAAGCGAGCUUGUGAGAGGGCGAGGGAGGGAUGUGGGUUUAUGUGUGUUAAAUAG